AUGGCUCGGCCUGAAAAGACUGAUAAGUAUUUCCCGGUUCUUGGUAGCAUUGCCGAGGAGGAUGAGACUGCCGGGAACAAAAAAGAAACUGAAGAUAUAGUUGAGAUUACACCCGAGCUCUCUGAAGACGAGGAUAUUGAUCCUGAUGAUGCCAAAAAAGCAUCUUCCCAACCCGGAUGGGAGAAUGAAGAUCAGGCUGAGGAUCUCAACAAUGAUGAAUUGGGUAUUGGUUUCACCUUAAAAAAGAAGAAAGAAGCGGCAAUCUCAACCGCACUUGAACCGAUGUUUACCCCGAUGCUCAAGGUGACUAAGAAGUACCUUGACCUGUCUCUAGCGUGCAACACGGUCAUCAUCGCCACUUUCUUACAUCCGGAAUGGCGUAUGAUGCUGUUCACAAUGCGACUCAAGACACACUUUGCACGGAUCACCAAGUUAAUCCAGAAAACCUUUGAUGAUCGCCAGUCAUAUCUCAAGUCAAUACAACCAGAAUCAACUCCUCCAAAGACUACCCAAUCAGAUCUCAAUGCAACCCCUACAGAUUUGGAAACCGACGGGGAUGAUUUUAACUACUACCCUACUACUUCAACUACGAUAGAGAUCAACACCGAGCUCAAGCGCUAUAACAAGGGAGACUUUCCAAUGGCGAAGAAAGGUGAUGUUCUGGGCAGGUGGAAGCUCCGAGCAAAGCAUCAAGUUUCAAAGUCUCUGCAAUGA